AGGGCGCAAGUUCGUCCUGCGGAUUCAAAUGAAUCGCUUUGCGGAUUUAUCCGAUUGUCAGAAGAACUCGAGUUCUUCGAUCGUGGGUCGCGACCGAGGCGCGUCGCGACAGAGACGGUCGCAUCCGACUUUCGAGCGAAACGAACGAAACGAAAAGUGAACUAAACGGUGAACGGCCGCGCUCGCUGCGUUUUCCUAUUUCAAGCCCUUCCUCCCGCUCUCCGGGGGAACGUUUCCGUAAUUCACCACUGUGGUGUCGUCGGCAGGGUGGGAAUAGAGCGAGGGAUGAAGGAGAAAUCUCCGCCUCCAGCGGCAGAGAACCGCCCUCCGCUUCGAGGGUGCUUGACGAGGGAAACUGCACGGAGGUAGGGAACACUAGCCGUCAAGUGCUCGUCGAGGAUACUCAAAAACUACAAGAAGAGUCCUUCAGCAGCUCCGAAAAGGAAUCGCCGACCUUUUCGAGUUUUCUCUCGCCCCGACUCUUUGCGUGUGACUCUUUGCGAGAGACGGGCUCUCUCGUCACAGUGCGUUUCGCUGACUGACACUUUGUCUCCCUGGAAGCGAGGAAUUAGUUACGAUAGUGUUGAUGGUGUGCGACAAAGGUGGAGAAACUAGCCGUGUGUGUGUGUGCGUGUGUGCGUGUGUGACACACACGGCAGGCUCGAGAAUAUUCGAGGAACAGUGAUAUAGGAGGAUUGAAAAGUAAGGCGUGCCUUUCUAUCUAUCUAAAGGCAGAGUAUUAUCCUUUGUUUAAAUGUUGUUGAAACGCGCGCAGGCGCGCGUGCGAGAAUGAGAAAACCCGAAAGGAUGAAAUAUAUUCGAUAAGGAAUCCGGAGUGCGGUUUCUUUUUCUUUAUCGAGUGAAUAAGGUAGCGAUAAGGAGCAAGGUUGAAAUAAACAAGAAAAAAGUUGGGGUGAAAGUGAGGAAGAAGAGGAGCUGUCGGAAUUGAGAUUCAAUCGCCGCGAUUCCACAGUCGCGAUCGCAAGAGAAGAAAUUAUAAGCGAGCAUUAGUGCGUGUGUCGAGAAAAGAGAGAGAGAGAGAGAGAGAGAGAGAGAGAGAGACUUUUGUAGCGAGGCUCCUCGCUCUUGAAAAUAAACCAUCGAUGUAACAUGUACUGACGCCAGUAAUAAUCCUUCAGAAUCUUCUCAAAAUGGCGGACAAGAAUAAGGUAGAAAAGAUUCUACCCUGGCCGAUUAUACCGUAUCCGAUCAGUGUUUGGAAUCAGCUCUGGUGUAAUCAGCUCGUGUUGAACCCUAGGUUGCUGGAGGGUUGCAUCAAAGUACCGGCGAGGGCUUCCAGCUUCCACAUCAGCGAUAUCUUGGAAUUAAAUGACAACAAGCCGUCGCAAGAGGAGGCAAAUGUGCAAGGUGCUACGACGGUCCUACCAGCGGCGAGCGACAUGCCGUCAGCUUACCAGCAACUCCUGGAGCACACGUCUGCUAUGCUCCAACCGGCUAUGCACGCUAAUCUGACCAGGAGUACGCUGCCACCUCCGCCUGGAUUAUUAGGUUGGACAACGGGACCGGCACUGCCGACGGCGUUACCUCAACCCCUGGAGGAAGUGAAUGUCCUCCAGCAACCGGACUCGACGAGCCCGGCGAUUUCGGACCUGUCGUUCCCGUCGCAGCAGGAAAACAGCCACGAAUCAAAGGACGAGGAAUCGCAGGAUUUCGAGGACGAGCAGCAGGGUAACGAGACACAGACGCACGAGACCGAGCAUAAAAAGCGCAAACGGCGAGUGCUGUUCUCCAAGGCGCAGACCUUCGAGCUGGAACGGCGCUUCCGUCAGCAGCGGUACCUCAGCGCGCCCGAACGCGAGCACCUCGCUUCCAUCAUCCGGCUUACGCCGACCCAGGUGAAGAUCUGGUUUCAAAAUCACAGGUACAAGACCAAGAGAGCGGCGAACGAGCGCGUCGAGGCCAGUGGCAGCGGCUGCUCGCCCAGGCGAGUCGCCGUCCCGGUGCUGGUGAGGGACGGCAAGCCCUGCCAGUCCAAGAUGAUGGAACCCACGGCGUAUCCGGGACCCGGCGGCCAGGUCCCCAUGGGGCCGUACAUACAAAAGUACUGGUGGUAGAAGAACAGAAGUGACGCAGCGGCCCGUGGAUGGCUCUUCUUCUUCCUCUUCUUCUUCUUCCUCUUCUUCUUCUUCUUCCUCUUUUUCUUCCUCUUCUUCUUCCUCUUCUUCUUCCUCUU